AUGCAAGAAAGAAUUUCGAAGUGUAAAGAUAAAAUCAACGAACCUAAACAAAGAUCUAUCUAUCUAUCUAUCUAUCUAUCUAUCUAUCUAUCUAUCUAUCUAAGCCUGUCCCUAUCUAUCUAUCUCCCUCUCUCUCUCUCUCUCUCUCUCAAUAUAUAUAUGUGUUCAGGACUUGCUGAUCCGCUUUCAUCUAUCUAUCUAUCUAUCUAUCUAUCUCAAUGUCUUCUUUCUCUCCCUCACUCUCUAGGUCUCAGUCUGUUCAUGUUUAUCUGUUAUAUACCAAUUUGUUUCUAUCUAUCUAUCUAUCUAUCUAUCUAUCUAUCUAUCUAUCUAUCUAUCUCAAUUCUGUUCAUGUUUAUCUGUUAUAUACCAAUUUGUAUCUAUCUAUCUAUCUAUCUAUCUAUCUAUCUAUCGAACUGUCUAUCUCAAUGUCUUCUUUCUCUCUCUCUUCUCUCUCUCCCUCUCUCUAGCUCUCUCAGUCUGUUCAUGUUUAUCUGUUAUGUACCAUCUAUCUAUCUAUCUAUCUAUCUAUCUAUCUAUCUAUCUAUCUAUCUAUCUUUUAUAUCACUCUCUUUUUGGACUCUUUCUCUCUCUCUCUCACACACAUGCAUGCACAUACGCACAUAUAUAUUCUUAACUGAAACCUUUCUUAUCUAUCUAUCUAUCUAUCUAUCUAUCUAUCUAAUUCUUUUCAUUAUCUAUCUAUCUAUCUAUCUAUCUAAUUCUUUUCAUUAUCUAACUACUUAUCUAUGUAUCACAUGUUUUUCAUUAUCUAUCUAUCUAUCUGUCUAUCUAUCUAUCUAUCUAUCUAAUUCUUUUCAUUAUCUAUCUAUCUAUCUAUCUAUCUAA